AUGAAUCCAGGCGGACCUGCUGUCCGCGUCCUGGCGACCGUGGACACGUCAUCGCGGCUUGCCUUUGUUGAGCCCAGCAAGAAGAUUCACGAGUCGCAGGAUGCAUCGGCCUUUCUGACCUCGAAAGCAUACACAGACAUCAUGACCUUUCUCCUGCAACUAAACCGGUCCAUGUUCCCCGCGAAGCUCCCCGACGGCACGACGCAAACAUGGCCCUUGAAUAGCGAAGCUGUGCCGUUCUCGGCGCCGGUGCGACAGCUCCAACGGCUGCUCUCGAAGCUUGAAGAUAUUAUCGAGGAGGUUCCACCCGAUACCGGCCCACGGCGAUUUGGCAAUAUCAGUUUCCGGCGGUGGUAUGAGGUUGUGGAGAGUCGUGCAUCGGAUCUGCUGGAGGAGUGCUUGCCCGCAGAGCUAUUGCAGAUGCCGUCGUCCGAUCCAGAUGGCCCCACGGCCGAGACGGAGUUGAAGGCAUACUUUCUGGGCAGCUGGGGGAGCGGGCAACGAUUGGACUAUGGCACGGGUCAUGAAUUAAGCUUUUUGGCUUUCCUGGGUGCGAUCUGGAAGCUGAACGGGUUUCCCAAAGCUGAGUCGGGGGUCGAAGAGAGAGCCAUUGUGAUAGGAGUGAUCCAGCCGUACCUCGAGCUAGUCCGGUUACUUAUCAAAACAUACACCCUGGAGCCCGCUGGUUCUCACGGUGUCUGGGGGCUGGACGACCAUUCCUUCAUCCCAUACAUUUUUGGAGCUGCUCAACUAUCACCCGCUAUAACGGACACGGACUUGACUCCCGAAGAAGGGUCUUUGCCAGAUGCUCCCAAGGCGUCCGACGUCGUGAAGGCUAGUACUGUCGAGAGGGAACGCAAGACCAACCUGUACUUUUCGGCAAUCGGGUUCAUCUACGACGUGAAGAAGGGUCCCUUCUGGGAGCACAGUCCCAUGCUCUAUGACAUCUCUGGGAUCCAGACAGGCUGGGCCAAAAUAAACAAGGUUGGAUUUUCUUUAAUUCAUGAUAGGUUGACACUAAUAUCCCGCCAGGGCAUGAUCAAAAUGUACAAUGCAGAGGUUCUUUCCAAAUUCCCCGUGGUGCAGCACUUCCCGUUCGGGUCCCUUUUCAGCUUUGAUCGAGAUCCAAAUGCCAUCGCUCCGCCAACCACUGCCCAUACCACAUCCGGGCCCCAGGCACGACCCGUAGCACCAGAUGCUGGUCCAUCUUCGACUACUACUGCCAGACCUAUGCCUGGAUCCGGGACCAAAGCUCCGUGGGCCACAACAGGGCCUGGGAUUGGAUCGGCGCCUCCGAUGGGGGCAACUGCAGCCCCAUGGGCAAGCGCAAGAAGAGAUGUUCCGACUGGUACUGCAAUGGGCAGCACAUCAAGGAUUCCGGCGUCUAUCCCCGAUACUUCAAGGAUGCCUCCCGGUCCCAUGGCUCCUACCAGAGCUCCGUGGGCAUCUUCUCCACCCCCCACGGGAUCCAGUGAUGAGGUUCAUACCAAGGCUCCCUGGGCAAAGCCAGGAUAA